AUGUCGAACUUGAUGCAUAAAAUGAAGGAUGCCCUUACCGGUCAUCAUGAUUCUGAAAACAAGGGAUCCUCUCAUGACUCGUCACAUGUGACACAGAAGGUUGAUGAUGCCCGUGAUACCUAUGGCCAAGGUGAUACCUGGGGCUCCAGCACAAAUGCCCAAGACCCUACUACCACCGGCGACUACAGCUCGAAGCCCAUGGGCUCUGACAGCUAUGGUACCAGUGGCUACGAUACUGGUGCGCAGCGUGGUACUAAGAUGCCCGGCGUAAUGGAAGAAACUGGCAAUACCUACGGAUCCACCAACACAGGCAGCGGCAACUACGGAUCUACCGGCAUGGGUAUGGGCACUCAAGAUUCUACGGCCAACAGAAUGCAGGAUACCGGUGACACUUACGGUUCAUCCAACAUGGGCAACAUGGGGACUGACACCUACGACUCCGCCAACAAAGCCAAAGACUAUGACACCGGCUACCAGAAGCCAAUCGGCUCUGAAACCUACGGUUCAAACACUCGCGCCGGAGACCUUGGCUCGGGCAUGAACACUGAUUCCUAUGGGUCAGCUACUCAAGACUAUGGCUCGAAUCCCAUGAACACCGGGAUUGGCGAGUCACAGAUGUCCAACAAGAUGGACAGUGGGUUUGAUAACCGUGCAACCACCGGCACCGGCCAAACAGGUGCCUACAACUCAAACUACGGUGACGACCUUGGAGGCUCGAACAGAUAUAACACCCGUUCAUCCACAGCUGCCAACAUGCCCAGCCAAAUGGAGACGCGAUCUGAAUCUGAGAUGGAUAAGCAGGGCUUCGGUGGUGGUGCUGCAGGAGGUAGCAGCUAUAAUACAGCUGAUGCUCCUAAGAGACGAUCUUCUGGUCCCCACAGUUCGAAUCUGCUUAACAAGCUUGAUCCACGAGUGCGCAGCUCAGAUUACGAGGGCAAUGCUACGGGCAAUCAGCGCGGAAAUUAG